AGAUACAUGCGAUAGGUUCGGCAAAUGAUAUCGAAGAACGAUAGGCACCGAUAAGUUCGGACAAGUAGAAGAGGAAAUAAUAUUUGUAUUUACUUACGCACAUAGCACUCGAAAUGAAGGGAUCGGCCACGCUGUUGGUGGUUGCGUUGGCGCUGCUACUUGGACCGGAGAACACGGCCGGCAAAUCGGAUCCGGGCAUCGUGGACGUGCUGGUGACCACGGACUUGUCCAGCAUCCGGGAGCAGCGUCCCCUGCUGGCCAACACCAAUAUCUACGCCCAGAUUAAGGGCUGCACUUCCAAGGUGGAAACAAACCUGACCAUUACGUUUCGGCUGACGGAGCACCCCUGCAUAUUCGAUGACCGCACGCUGCAGACCAUUGCCCAGAAUCUUACGCUGCAGAAGAACGCCACCAUCAAUAAUGUCAUCACAGAGAUCACCAGGACAUAUCCCUGCAACGGACUCAUCGUCCUGGCGAUAAACAAGGACAAGCCGGUCCAAGGAGCCGCGAUCCCAUCACCGGAGCCCAAGCAUCCCAUGCUGGAGCACAAGCACCCACUUUCGCCCACAACGAACCCGAUUGCGAGCGUCAAGGAGGAUGGCAUCUACGAAAUUGAAGUGAACAUCGCACCUUCCCAGUCCGCACCGUUCAAUGCCGUGGUGCACAUAGAGUUCCUGGGCCCACACGGCUACAUCUCGGCCAUAGACUGGCCAUUCCUGCCGUUCUAUUUAAUCAUGUGCAUUGUUUACGUGAUAUUUGGAAUUAUUUGGCUGUUUGUUUCCUUCGCGCAAUGGCGAGAUCUUUUGAGAAUCCAGUUCUGGAUUGGUGGCGUCAUACUGCUGGGAAUGCUGGAGAAGGCCUUCUUCUACGCCGAAUACCAAACACUGACGAACAAGGGAGUUGCAGUUCAGCACGCCGAGCUAGUGGCCGAGUUUGUGUCCUGUGCGAAGCGAACGCUGGCCAGGAUGCUGGUCAUCAUCAUGAGUCUCGGCUUUGGCAUUGUCAAACCCCGCUUGGGACCCAUGCUGCAUCGCGUGGUGGGCGUGGGAACCCUCUACUUUCUGCUGGCCUGCGUGGAGAGCUACCUGCGCAUCACCAAUGUGAAGACCGAUCGCAGCGAGCUGCUGGUGGCGAGCAUUCCACUGGCGGUGCUGGACACAGGAAUAUGCUGGUGGAUUUUCACCUCGCUCGUGCAGACCACUCGCACUCUCAGACUUAGAAGGAACAUGGUCAAGCUCUCACUGUAUAGGCACUUCACCAACACGCUGAUCUUCGCCGUUAUCGCUUCCGUCAUCUUCAUGCUGUUUGCGCUGGGUUUGCGUAAGGUCGAGAAUUGCACGCCUGGCUGGCGCGACAUUUGGGUGGAUACUGGCUUCUGGCACAUUCUGUUUUCGGUUCUGCUGCUGGUGAUUAUGAUUCUAUGGCGACCAACGAAUAACAACCAGCGCUACGCCUUCACCCCGCUGCUGGAUAACCCAGAAGACGAGGACGACGAUGACGAGGAGGAUCAGUUCGUGGCUGAUGCGUACGGCGUGAAAAUGCGCGGCCAGAAUGGAACGCCGAAAACGUCGACGACAUCACGAAAUGCCACGACCACCGAGGAGGACGACCUGCGCUGGGUGGAGGAGAACAUACCAUCUUCGAUGGCGGACUCGGCGCUGCCCAUCCUUGACUCCGAUGAGGAAAUCAUUAACACCAAGUUCGAGGUGUCGAAAAUGCAAUAAGCUGUGACUUUCGCUGGACCGAAGAGACUUUUUACGCAUAUUUUUGCACAUUCACGCAACCGUGUCGCCCGCCAGCAGCAAGUCCCCCAAUUUGCAAUGUAUUUCUUAGUUCUAUCCGCCAUCGUUGAGGAAAACCUUUAUUGCUGUGCUGCGCUGACACCGAUCUUCCAAUUUCGAGAACUAUUUGUCCGGGCACGCCUUCUGAACCCGUGUAAAAUAUUGUAUGUAAUCGUAGUUCCUGCUACGCGCACGUGCUCCCCGUCUAAAUAAACCUAACUUAUUCAUAAUACCUAGCCUAAGUUGUAGAUACCUACGCGACGAACCGAGAACUUAAUUUAAAAACUUCGAUUUCAAUUCUAGUGCUGAGCCCCUAGUGCACUCGCAAAUGUGUGUGAGCAAGCUAUUGGUGGUCGCCUCAUUGUAUGUAUAUAGCUGGUAACACAAAUACGAAACGAUCUAUAUUAUUGUACGAGUAUUCUGUAAUAACUAUGAUAAAACGCGACUAUGCAAUGUCGGAGACACUUUAACUUAAACUAUUCGCUGAUAACUGAAAAGAUUAAAAGUAAUUAAAAGUAAGCACACAAUCGUUUGCGUCACACACCUCAAGGUAUUUAAUUACAUAUUUGUAAUCAAACGGUCUAAGAUUUUCAUAAAUAAAUGCAAUCGUAUCUUAAAGGUAGCCAUGA